AGACAAAAAGACAAAACAACAACAACAACAACAAAACUAUCUAUCUGAAGGCCUGUUCUUCCAAUUUUCCCAGAGCACAGAAUGCCUAACUCCUGGUCUCCACCCUGAGCUCCACUUAGUGGGUGCUGCUGGUUGGUAGCUGAAGUGGCUCAUGUUUUACUCCAUGCAGAGGCUGAUGGCAAGUGCCAAACUUCAGUUCACGGCAUCAUUAGAGACAUUCUUCAUUACUUCACAUAAGCAAGUAGAGUUUGUAAGUAGUAUAAAAUUAUUGAUUUGGUCAUCUCACAUAACAGCUUGGUCAUACGGUAAAUAUGAAAACACAGCAUUACAUUUCAGGUUGUUUUAUAUGGGUCUGUCUAUAUUGUGGAGAACUGGAGGGCAAGGAAAAUUGGAAAGGGCCCUAUUAAAAUGUGUUAUUGAUGAUAUUGAGCAGAACCCUAAGGGACCUUUCUGAGUCAGGAAUCUGCUCUGUGUCAUUUCUUGUUUGCAGAAAAAAAGGCUUUAGUCUUUGAGGUCUUCCCUGCAUUCCAAAGGGCAUGCUCAAGCAGUUAAUUAUUAGGACAAUAGAGUCACAUGACUUCUAGUUCCUUUUGAAGGUAUCUGGAUAACAAUUUGAUGAAUAUCUUUGAGUCAUUCUGUAGAAAUUAAGACUCCUACCCAGGUGGACUAUAUGAGGACCACAAGCAUGUAGGCUUUAUAUGGGUUGGAACCAGAAGGAUGAGGUUCCCAAAACAUCAUCCUGUUACCUCACCACCAACCAAUUAGAAUAAUGUCUGUGAGGUAAUACAUCCUAAGAGCUUCUUCCUUAACACUGUCUUUAAAAGCCCUUGCCUGACAGCCACUCCUUGCUUGGCAGUCUGCAAAUAAAUCCUUAAUUUGCUGCAAAUACCCACUAUCAGAGAUUGGCUUUCUGUAAAGCAAGUACAGGAGCUUGUAACUUAGCUUCAAAUAUACUGGAUAUUCAGGUCUUUUUAAAUUGAUAGCUAAAUCAUUUCUUUAGUCAAUCUGAUCUAAAAUCGAUGUGCAUAAAGACAAAAAGCAAAUGAAGCCUGCGGACUUUACUUUUGUCUUAAUUCAUGAUAAAAAUAGCCCUAGUUAUACCAGUUGUCAUAUGAAUCAGGUCAAGAUGAUUCAACUAAUAAAUGCUCACCUACUAGGAUGCUAUACCAAAUAUUUAUAGUAAGCUUUAACAUAGUGCCCUUACAGAGGAAGUAAUUUAUCACAAACUGCCUAGCAGUUUAAAAUAAAACUACCUAUUCUAUGGGAGCUAAAUCUGCCACCUCAAAAUGUCUAUUUGGGAUGCAGAUUAUUUUGAGAUGAAAAUAAUCAAGACCCGAAAGACUCAAGAAGAAUCUGACCUUCCCCCUAGCUGCCUAAAGAAUAUAGAAAGAGCUGAUCCAGGAAUGGAGCUAUCACCAUAGCUAAUGUAGUGUGAACUAGGUAUGUUGAUAGAGAGAAGCCUAGCAAGAUCUGUUUGUUAUAAUUCCCAUUAUCUCCUAUUGUCUCCACAUGGCCGAGUACACAUUUGUUUAUCAACCAUUUGCUUUUUCAUCUUUUCUCAACCAUUUGCCUUCCUCAUCUUUGAGGUCCCAAAGCACCAACUAUAACAUCCCCUUUUGCCUUUAGCUGAAGAUGGCAUUUAAGGUGAAGGCUUCAGCCAUUUUGGUGAGUUACUCAGUUUUCCCGAGCCUCUCCCAUUAUAAGCAAGUUAUAAAAUUUUUGUUUGGUUUUCUCCUUUUGAUCUGACCAGCCAGAAGAACUAGAAGGGUAAAGGAAAAUUUCUUCCUCCCUGACACUAAGUUCAGGAUAUUCCAUUUCAAAAAUAAAGAAGCUCUACCUAACAAAGGUUGAAUCAAUCUUCAGGUUAUACUACAGGAUCAAACUCUGCCUGAAAACACUUUAAAAGCAAUGUAAACUCGUUUCCUAUAACCUUGUGGCACAUGUUUAUUAACAUUAUCUGAAGCUUCAGCUCCAUUAGUGAUUAUCACUCAUUUGUACUACAGAAUUAUAAGGAAUCUAAGCCCCUUAUUUUAUAGACUGAGAUAAAGGCCUGAAAGCAACUUCUUCAAGGUUAAGCAAUGACGUGUGUGUGAUGGAUUUGAACUCAACCUUGCUCCCCUUUAACACUUGUGCUUUGUCUUUUCGGUAUUUAAGUCACUAGUAAGAAUGAUAAAGGGAGUCAGGUCAUGCAGUCUCAACUGCCAAUUGCAUAUUAGUGGGCAGAAUCCUAACUGAAUAUUAAUAUAAAUAACAUAUUUCGUUUUGUGUCACAAUCUCCUAAGGUUAAUACAGAAAAAACUAAGAAGGCAAUAAAUUUAAAUUUUCCUGUUCACUUUAUGCACAAAGAAAAACGGAACUGGGUAAAAUGGUGAAUUUCACCACUAGUAGUAAAAAGACCCUUUGGAUGAAAUAUUUUUUCUAAACCAUCAUAGUUAGAAAUCAUCUUAAAAAUGCUCUCCAGGGACUUUCUUCUUUCCAAGGAUGUCUGCUUUGAUUAUUCAUCUACUCAUUUUUUUCAAUUUAACUUUUUCAAUUUGUUUUCUGUGGGAAUAACUUUUCAGAAAAGUAGAAAUGGAUAUAACAGAGAGUAGCACACAUCUGUAAUAAAGUUGGAGGUAAGAGGGGGUUGGAGUAAUGGAUACGGAGGCUGGGAAAGGUACAGACAAAACGGAGAUUUCUCCGCCCUCCUGCACCUAGAAGAGCGUCCCUGGCCUCAGCAGGGUGCCAACCCCUUCCCUGGGGACUAGAGGAGGACUGCACUUUCCGCCCAGGAUCACCCGACCCGCGCCAAGCUGCGAUUGGACGCGCCGCCGCCAGGCACCCGCCACAAACAGGAACGCUUCUGCGAGUCGAGGGCUUUAGCUAUUCUACCUCUUCCCCCUCCCCUCCGUACUCCAUGCCGGGUCUCUGCAGCUCGCUUCGGCUCGUUCCCAACGCGUGAGAGUUGGCGAAAACCUCGCAGCCGCUGCUGCUUCGCUUCUCAUCCCAUCCUCUGCACCUUCUCUGGAACCCUCCGCUCCCGACAUGGGGGCAAUUUGGAGCCCCUAAGAGUUGCCGCCUCUUUGCAGCGCGCUCUCCAGCCAAAGUCCCCGCUGGCGGGAUAUGGCUAGGGUACCAUAGGGGCCAGCCUGUAGAUAACAGGAAGGGGAAAGGACCGCCAACUAGGGGAAACGAGACCAAGCAAUGAGUUUCCAUAAGGAGGACGGAGUGAGCAGCCUGUGUCAGAAGGCGCUGCAUAUCGUCACCGAGCUGUGCUUCGCGGGCCAGGUGGAAUGGGAGAAGUGCUCGAGCAUCUUCCCCCCGGACAGGGGCAGCCAGGGGGAAAGUAGCACAGAUAUUUCAGUCAGCCUGUUAGCAGUUGUUGUCAGCUUUUGCGGCCUGGCCUUACUGGUCGUUUCACUUUUUGUCUUCUGGAAAUUGUGUUGGCCUUGCUGGAAGAGCAAACCUGUGACUUCCAAUGUUACUACCCUUCCACAGAGCAUUUCAAGUGCUCCUACUGAAGUUUUUGAGACUGAAGAGAAAAAAGAGGUUAAAGAAAAUGGAAAGCCAGCACUAAAAGCUAUUGAGCCUGCAAUAAAAAUCAGCCACACUUCCCCUGAUAUCCCAGCAGAAGUCCAAACUGCUUUAAAGGAACAUUUAAUUAAACAUGCACGUGUGCAAAGACAAACUACUGAGCCUACAUCUUCAUCCCGCCACAAUUCCUUCAGAAGACAUCUCCCAAGGCAAAUGCAAGUUUCCAGUGUUGAUUUUGGCAUGGGCACAGAACCUGUUUUACAAAGAAGAGAAACAACAACCAGCAUUGGGAGAAUAAAACCAGAGCUCUACAAACAGAAAUCAGUUGACUCUGAGGGCAACAGGAAAGAAGAUGUCAAAACCUGUGGGAAGCUUAACUUUACACUCCAGUAUGAUUAUGAAAAUGAACUUCUAGUUGUUAAAAUUAUCAAAGCCUUAGAUCUCCCUGCUAAAGAUUUUACAGGAACUUCUGACCCUUACGUGAAGAUGUACCUUCUUCCAGAUAGGAAAAAGAAAUAUCAGACCCGUGUACACCGAAAGACUUUAAAUCCUCUGUUUGAUGAAACUUUUCAAUUUCCUGUAGCGUAUGAUCAACUAAGCAACCGAAAGCUACAUUUCAGUGUAUAUGAUUUUGACAGAUUUUCUAGACAUGACAUGAUUGGGGAAGUGAUUCUCGAUAAUUUGUUUGAAGCCUCUGAUCUCUCCAGGGAAGCCACAGUAUGGAAAGAUAUUCAUUGUGCUACCACAGAAAGUAUAGACCUGGGUGAAAUCAUGUUUUCCCUUUGUUAUUUGCCAACUGCUGGACGUAUGACAUUAACAGUCAUCAAGUGCAGAAAUCUGAAGGCUAUGGAUAUCACUGGCUCAUCCGAUCCAUAUGUCAAAGUGUCUCUGAUGUGUGAGGGUCGAAGAUUAAAAAAAAGAAAAACAACUACAAAGAAAAAUACUCUAAACCCUGUGUACAACGAGGCCAUUAUUUUCGACAUCCCUCCAGAGAACGUGGACCAGGUUAGCCUCUCUAUUGCGGUCAUGGAUUACGAUAGGGUGGGACACAAUGAGGUCAUAGGAGUGUGUAGAACAGGACUGGACGCUGAGGGUCUUGGGCGAGACCACUGGAAUGAAAUGCUGGCCUAUCACCGAAAACCAAUAACACAUUGGCACCCUUUGCUGGAGUUACCCGGCCGGGCAACUAGCUUUGAUAGUCAAGGAUCCUGUCCAUCUCCCAAACCACCUUCCACACCGUAAUAAGGACCCAGGACAUGUACUCAUCAGAUCAGAAAAAAAAAAAAAGAAGUGGAACGUUUGAUUUCAUCAUUUAAAGUAUAUUCUGACAAUGAACAAAUUUGAUGGCAAAUUUUAUUUACUUUUUUUUUGUCUAUUUAUUCACUUUGGGCAUCUUGAUAUAUUUUACUUGAAUAUAAAUGGUCCUUACUUACAUAAAGCAUUUUAUUCUUCACAUCAUAUGCCUAUUAGCACAGAUGGUAUUUUAAUAAAUUGUAAAUUCUUUGCAUAAGCAAAGAAAUAGUUUUUGAAAAUAAUCCAUACUGAUCUAAAAUUAAAUAGUUAAUGCUGCUAUUGUAUAAAGUAGCAUGUGUAACAUCUGUAUAAUUUUGGAUUUUGUUAAAAAUAUGUUCAUUUCUAGUUGUGCACAUGGUUCUAUAUAAACUUUACUGAAAUUUUGAACUUUACUCACAGAGUGUUAAAUCCUUGCAUAAUCAAGUUCAUAUUAUUUAUCUGGUAAUAUAUUCUUUCAUUCUCAGCAAAAUCUUUUCUUGGUAAAGUUUGGCUCUGCUAAACUUUUUCUUUCACACUUGUUUUUUAAGAUAUAGAGAAAAACUGUAAUUUAAAGAACCUCUUUGAGUAUAAAUUUAACAAGUAAUAUUUAGUAGCUGGAAAAUGAAGAUUGAGCCAUUUGGGCUACUGUUUUAUACUGUCUUAAAGUUACAUUAGUUCAAACAUCUGUAGCACUGUUUAACUGAUAUUUUAAAAGUCCUAUUACUCUUAAUCUCAAAUGUAGCAUUAGUAUUCCUAAGUGAAUAGAAUUAGAACUCAUAAGUGUUCAUAAGGUUCUCAAGUACUGUGACAUGUUUAUUUUGUGACAUAAAGCUAUUACAUAGAUCCUGUAUUUCUGAUAGACAUACUAACAGACACCAAAGGUACAAUAAAUGUCUGUGCUCAUUGUUGUUUGGAUUUUACACAGUAAUGGUGAUUUUAAGCCCAAUCAGAAGCUGAUCCUUAGAAGCAGGUAUUUUUCUAAAGAAAGGGUGACUUAUUUUUCAGAAAAUUAUAGAACUAUACCAUAAAUAAUACAACUUCAACAUUUAGUAAAAAUAAAUGAUUUUAAAGGCCCAGACCCACAGUCUUUUAUGAAAGACAUUUUUUCAUGAGGAUCAGGCCACUAGUCGUAAAAACUAUGCAAAUGUUUUUUCCAUGACAGAACUUUCUUUUAAAUCAUGUCAACUUUUUAUUUUCUCAUUUCUGGUCCCUAUUGGAAGGUAUCUAUAUUGAAUGAUCCCUAACCUUACUUUUGAGAUGUGUACCAUAGAUGGUGCAUAUUUUAAGCUUAUCCCAAAAUAGAAGUUUAAAAGAACCCCCCAAAAAAACUGAAAAGGCAAGAAAAAUCUAUAGUUAGACUAUAAAUCAUGCUCGUCAGAGUGAGAAACUUUUAUCAACCUUACAAAAUUUUGAUUUUAAUAAAAUCCUUUAUUUCUAAAUAUUAAAAAAUAAAAAGUUUUAAAAUCGUGAAAUUCUUUUUUUAUGUUGGCAUCUCUCAUAUGAUGUUACUCAAUUUAGAUGUAACUAUUUUACACAUUAAAAUUUUAAAGGCAAACACAAUUCCCUAAAUUUUUUCAGAAAUGCUUGUGCUAUCUUAAUGAAAACAAGUAUUCCUGACUAAAAUUUUCUAACUGAAAAUAAUUGAAGAAACAUGUUUGAAAAUACCAGUUACUUUUUCAAGCCUAAAAGAACCAUUUGCUAUAGGCAGGAUAACUGAAGAUGACACUUCUGUUUUAUAAUUCUUUAUUUUACUGGGAAGUAAAAUUGUCAGAUGGGAAGACUUAAUAAAAUGACAUAUUUGGAGAUAAUUGUUUGUAGGUACAGCUGCAGCUUACAGUUAAUUAACAACUAUAUUUCCUAAAUGAGUAUAAUAAUUAUUUUCACCUGAAAAUAUAUUUCAAGUACUUUUUAUUUAUGCUUUUUUUUUUUGUCUCCUAUGGAGAAAAAAAUCAAUGCUUAUGGUGAAAACAUGCAAACAAUCAGCCAACCAGGAGCAUUUAAUAUGGCUAUUGUAAAUUAAAAUAAGUGUAUAAGGUAAUUUUUAAAAACCUUUCCUAGGGAUUAGAAUAAACUCAUCAUGCCUGAGUAGUUGUUUACCCUUGAAAGAUAAGGGAAAACCCAAAACUCAAAUUUCAUGCAUCACUUAAAAUGGUAGUUCAUAUUAUAAAAAUGUAAUCCACCAUUUUCAAUACAAUAUGAUAUACCCUCAUUCUGCACAGCCACACAUUUAUAUAAACAUAACUUAUCCUCUUUCUACUUGAAGAUGGACUGUUUUCAUUUCAGUAUUUAAAAUAAGAUUUGAGAUUAUCCUCCAUAAAUUUUUGUGGAACACCACAUUUUAAUGAUAGCACUGACACAUUAUGGUGUUGCAGCUUAGGUAUAUAAGAAUACCUAAUUUCAGGGACUUAUUCAAGGACUUGCCAAACAUAAAUCUAAGAAAAAGGAACAAGUGUUGAUUAGUUAACAUAACAACACUAAUGUUCUUUUGGGUUUUGCUUUUUAGUUUGUUUAUUCAUGCAUUUAUUUUACCUGAUUCAAUAAUCAGGGGAAUGAGAAAAUAGAAUGUGAAAAUGCAUUAAUAUUUGUGAAGUAUACAGUCUUCUCACAAAAAAUCUGAACAAUUGAUGCUAUUUUUACACUAGUUUCUUAAUAUUUUUCUGGUCAAUUAAAAAUUUUUAUCAGGCCAGCCCUGUUUCUGGCACUUUAUUUUACAUGUAAAACACAUGAUGUUAAUACAUUCACAGUUCAAUUAAAAAUAUCAUCAGGACUAGUGCCAGGGAACUAGAGAUGGAAGCACAGAACCAAGCGCCCACUUUCUUAUGCAGUUUCCGGGAGUGUGUGCAUGUUCUAGUUACUGCAGGGAGAUCACAGCUGAUCAAUAUUGACUCAGGUUUUAGGUAAAAGAAAAAUAUAUUUGAACCUAUUUGGUUCUAAUAUUUAAUUGACAAUUCCGUCUGUAUUAUCUUUUGUAAUAUUUAUUAUUUUAAAACUUUGCAAACUCAAGAAGUAUCAAUCUCUUAAGGCUUUCAUUUAAUGAUUAAUUGCUUCAGAAAUGAAAAAGCCAAACUUUCACUUCUUUCUCAACUUUUUUUAUUAUCCAUGAAACAAAAUAGAAAUUAUUUGAGAAUGAGUUUUCAAAAGAGCCAUAGACUAUUGCAAAUAAAGUAACACAAAAUCUUAACAUUGAACACAUGGUUAUUUCUUUAACUCUUUAAAAAGAAUACUUUCUAUUAUCUCAUAUAUUUUCAUGGAAUGGAGUUCCAUAUGAUUUUCUUUGCCACCCGAGUUGCAAUUAUGACCAAGUAUUUUAAUUAUCUGAUAAUAUUUUUAAAAGAAUGAAGAAAACUAGAGUUGAUCAGGAUUUAAGAAAAUCAUUCAUCCUCUACUAAAUCUGUUCUUGAAGCAGCUCCAGUUGUUUCGAUGUACUUUAAUUGAUUUAAACUUUUAGGGUUUAUAGGCUAAGAAUAUAUUGCUUGCCAUAAGGGAUUAUACAAAAGCAUGGAAAGUAAAAUAAUUUAAAUUAAGAAUCUACACAACUAAAUAGCAGUUAAACACAGAUGUUAAAGCAUAUGGAAAUAAAGACAUUGAAUACAAAAAUCAAAAACCACCUUUGUAUGUUCAAUUUUAGGGGAAAAUAACUCCUCUAACACUGUUCAAAAAAUCCCAUGACACAGAUUUUAAUAGUUAUUCAAUGACGUGGCUCAGGAUAUGAUUCAGCUAAACCUGUUAAGACCCAUUAUUUUAUUUUUUAUUUUAUUUUACUUUGCUUUUUAGGGCCGCACCUGCGGCAUAUGGAGGUUCCCAGGCUAGGGGUCUAAUCUGAGCUACAGCUGCCAGCCUGCGCCACAGCCACAGCAACGCCAGCUCCAAGCUGCAUCUGCGACCUACACCACAACUCACAGAAAGGCCAGAUCCUUAACCCACUGAGCAAGGCCAGGGAUCGAACCGGCAACCUCAUGGUUCCUAGUUGGAUUCGUUUCUGCUUCACCACCACGGGAACUACCAAGACCCCUUAUUUUAAAUAAAGUAGUGAGUUUAUAUUUUACAUGGGAAAGACAGCUAAUUAAACUAAAUGUUUCCAAUAUGUUAUUCAGUGAUACUCUUUAAGGUAAGAAUUUUCUAUUAAAAGACUUUUCCUAUAUUUGCUCAAUCUUAUGUUAAAGUAAAUAGCAGUUUGAUAAAAGAUGUAUUGGUAAUACUUGUCAUCUGUAAAUAACAGUUAAGUAAAAAGAGGUGUAUUUGAACAGUGGCAAUUAAUAAAUAUUCAGUUCAAGUGUUUUCUCAUCACAGUAAAAAACUUUUUAUUUCCACCCAGUACAUCAUGAAGACUGGUAACCAAAGUUUGACUUGAUUGUGUGAUAAUUUCACACUAUAGAGACUUUAAAAAGAAAGCACUAACUUAAGAGCUGAGGUGGGACUUAAGGAUUUAUUGAAUGCAAACAUUUUGGAUAUUAGAGAGGUGAUUGAAAAGAUAGGAUUCUUCAUGUUUAAAACAAUUUAAAUAUACUCCUAAAUGAGAAUUCAUUAGAAUAGAACUAUUUUUAUCUAUUCUGAAAUAUUGGAAAUGACUCGCUACUAAUGGAUCUAAAGUUACAUAUAGUAUUUGUAUGGAAAUGUUUUCAUCUCAAACUCACAAUAAAUUCUUCUAAGCUCAUCUGGGUCAUGAAUACCCUCUCCAAAGAGAAAACCAUGUCUGACUUUUGUCAUAAACGUGUAAAAAUAGGCCAUAUCUGCAGAAAUUUUGUUCUGAUUUGCACCUGCUAUGCACAGGACCUCCAUUUUCUGUACAGGGUGGUGGAUUUCAAUUAUUUGAUUUAUAUUUUCGUGUUUUUGUUUCCUCAAAAAUAAUUUAUUGAAUAACAAUACAUAUUAUAGAAAUGAGUCAAAAAUUGUUAAGAGGAGUUCUUAUGGCUCAGAGGUAAUGAACCCAGCUAGUAUCCAUGAGGAAGCAGGUUCAAUCCCUGGCCUCUCUCAGUGGUUAAUUAUUCAGCAUUGCUAUGAGCUCCAGUGUAGGUCACAGACGUAGCUCAGAUCCUGUGUUGCUGUGGCUGUGGUAUAGGCUGGCAGCUGUAAUUCUAACUCAACCCCUGGAAACCUCCGUAUGCCACAGGUGUGGCCCUGAAAAGCAAAAACGAAAAAAAGAAAAGAAAAGUUGGAUAAACCCCAAUGUUUGAAGAUUAAUGCUUUGGAUUUUUGUUUUUGUUAUCUUUUCAGAAUUUUUUGUUGUUGUUAUUUUCCCAAUCUGAACAUCAAUACAGGGAAUUAUGUUUGACUAUGGUUUUGCUGUAGGAUAAAUCGUGUGAACUAGAAAAACCUCUAUAAUCCCUAAGGCUCUGUACAAACUGGCCACAAAAUCACACUCUUUAAAAAUUGCAUGGCUUAUUACAUUUAUAUCCAUAUAUAUAGAGCUAGCCAUGUAUAGAUCAUUUUGUGGAUUUUAUUAUAUACUUUUGUUUUUUCAUUUAAAACUACAGUAAUCCUAGUGCAAAUAGCUUCAUAAAUUCUCUCACUGCAUAAGAAAGGAGCAGGUAGACCAACUGUAAUACACAAAAUAUAUGCAUUUAUAGUUUUAAUUAAAAAAUCCAACCCAAGUUUAUGUCAUUUGCAUUAACCUUUUUUUGUUUGUUUGUUUCACCCAUGGCAUAUGGAAGUUCCUGGACCAGGGAUUGAAUCCGAACCACAGCUGUAACUUACACUUCAGUUGUGGCAAUGCCAGAUCCUUUAACCCACUGCUCUGGGCCAGGUAUCAAACCUGUGUCUCUGCAGCGCAGUGACCCAAGCCGCUGCAGUCGGAUUCUUAAUCCACUGUGUCAUAGCAGGAACUCCUGCAUUACUUUUUUUUAUUGACCCUCCCAAAUGACAGAAAUGAUUGGGUUCAUAUGCAAAAUAUAAAUUAUAGAAUACACGUAAUGAGAUAUCCACUGAAGAAUGACAAAUUAAAAAUAUAAAUUUCUCACAUUGUAAAAAUGAUGAUUCCACUAAUGAACUGUCUAAGAUAUUUGCAGAUUAUUCUAAGCUGACAGAAACCAUGAUAAAUCUUCAUUUCAUACAUGACAUUGAAUAAUUUGGAUCUGUUGUAUAGGAUCUUUUUUCGUAUCCCUCAGUUAUUGUUCAUAAGGUGGCUUUUUAGCUGAAGUUUGUGAUGUAAAACUAGCCAUUGUUCAAAUCAUUAUCUUUGACUUCCAUAUUAUAGAGUAGAAAUUUUAAAAUCUUUUGUAAUUCAUGUUUCUUGCUUUUCUACAGGUAACCAGCCAUUUGUGAAACUUGACAGUGUAUAAUUGUAUUACUUAGAACAAAUGUUUUGCAACCAACUUUAAAAGAUGUUACAUAUUUCAGUAUUUUUACAAUGUCUUCUUUAAAAUAUGUGAACAUAUUUGUCAGGUUCAGAUUAAUUAGGUAACAAUGAAACCUCAAAGCUGUUAUGAAGUGUAAAAUUUAUGAUUACUUUUGUAAAAGAAAAUGGAAAAGCACUUGAAAUAUAAUUUUACUGUUUCAUAUGUAUUUUGAAAAAUAAAGUGAUUAUAA